GCAAUAAUUGUUGAUUGUCGAAACUACAAUCAAUAAGUCUAAACAUAAAAUUAUGAAUAAGUUUAUAGUGUUUGGGUUUAUUGCAGUCACUCUGCUCUGCCUCGUCUCUGGUGAGACUGGUAUCUGUUCGUGGUAUGGGGUAGGACUGGACGGUCAAUACACAGCGAGUGGUGAAAAAUAUUAUGGCAACUUAAUGACAGCCGCCCAUAAGACAUUGCCGUUUGGCACUCAUGUUAAGGCCACGUGUAAUGGCAAGUCUGUGACCGUUAAGAUCAAUGACCGGGGACCUUUUGUGGCCGGACGUAUACUGGACCUGAGCGUAGCAGCCGGUGCUGCCGUUGGUAUUAAGGACAGCGGUCUCUGUCAGUGUACUGUUGUCACGGUUUAGUCAAUAUUUUUUGACAAUAAGCUUAUUAUUAUUAAAGUUAAAACAAUAAAUUUGUAUUGUUUUACAUUGCGAGCUCACAAUUAAAACAAUUUAAAAUAAACAAAAUCAGUUGUAGAAAUAAAUUCUCUACGAAUAAAUUUAAUUUUGUAAAAUUUGUGAAUAAAAUCAAUUCAGAUUACAAAUAAAGAUGAUUUUACUUUUGGCCUC